AUGAGACAUACAUUUUACUUCUGGUCGGGAACUGACCACGGGAAGAGCUGUUGCGCACCAACCAUCUCUCGCAAGAACAGCCAUAACACUCAGACACUUCAUCAGGGACAAACGGUGCUUGUCUUGAGCGCCCGUUUUCGGAGUCUUGGGACUUGGGAACACAAGCGCGGCAAUCUGACGAUCCACAUGGACAUUGACGCCUCAGGCUCACAUUACAUAUCCUUUACAUUCAUGAUGGUGUUGUCCGAGCACGAGCACGAGCCAUCCUCUAUCCAUCAUGGCUGGUGGUGUACGGACUUGACUCCGACGUGCCCCGACCAAUCGCCCAUCACCCUCAGCAGACCUCUAGGCCUUCUAGAAGUCUUCUCCCGCGCGUGGAGAAGAACACCUCACACCUCCAUCAAUUUUCUCUCGAUCACGCGCGGGUUAAAGCUGAGGCUGAAAAGGGCAACUGUUGACGAUGCGGCAGAUGAGGAUUCUGAGCUAAACAAACAACGCGGUAUUUUCUGGCAUCUCGUCAAAGACAUCACACUGUGA